AUGACGAAUGAGGGUACUAUUCGUUGGGGCGAGGAUAAUAAUGAUAAAAAUAAUUCGUCUCAAGACAACAAACCUAGUAAUGAUAAAAAUAACAAUUAUAUUCCUGUAGUGACAGGAAACUGUGAAUCUUUAGGCAAAUGGGACAAGGCGCAACCCAAAGUGGUUCUUAAAAACCAACCUGAUUCGACUCUUUGGAUAUCAGACCCUGUUGAAUUUCCCUUAAAUGCCGAAGUGUCAUACAAGUACGCUGUAUUUCGUAAAGGUUAUGGAUUUUUAUCAAAAAAAAUUUCAUAUUCAUUCGAAACUUUUGAAGGUUCAGGCUCCAGUACAAAUCGUCAAAUGGUGAUUCGAAAGAACCAUUAUGACAUUUGGCAGAGUAGGGAUAAUAAGUUCAGAAUUAACUCGGAUAGACUCAAAAGAGAUUUUCGUUUCAUCAACUGUAUUUACGAUUCCAUUAACGAACAAAAUUUUAAAGAAAAAAUAAUGGAAUUUCAAACAGUCAGUCUUGAACAUCGAGAUUAUGUAAACUUCGUAACAAACCUUGAUUUUAUACGUAAUAAAUUAUUGGAAUCCGACUCGAUUGCAAAAAAUUGUGCCUUGUUCAUACUUCUUGGGUAUUACAUGGAACGUCCAAAUAAACAUUUAUUUGAAAAUAUGAACUACUUACCUGCAAGUUUUCCUUCUGACACUUUGCUUAAUGUGCUUAAUUAUCUCGAUCCUGUUACCGGAACUAAGCAAUACAUCAUGCUUUCUCUAAGAGCUAUCAUUCAACAUAGUUCAUCUUGUGGUUCUUUGGCAUGGUUGAAAAUGUUUGAACUUGCACCAAAACUUGAUGAAGAUUAUUCUUUUUUGGAAAAUAUCGUUAAUUUUGAUUACUCUAAGAAUCAUCACAACUUUUUUCAGUCCUUAUUAGAGAAUGUUAAACCCCACAUUUUGAAUCUACAUUUAAAGGCAGACAUAUUUCGUCGUGUCACGCAGAACAUUCCCCAAAAUCUUAAAUUUUCCACUAUAGGUUUAUUCCUCGAUAGACUUUUAAAAUUAUUACAACUCAAGGAUAUCUCAUGGAAAGAACGAGAUCUUGAAUCUUUAAUCAAAUUUAUUAAAGAACCGCAUCCCGAUUGGCCAGAAGGCAUGCUUUUAAAUGUAAUCGAAGGAAUUGUAAGAUCCGACCAAAUAUUAUUAUUACAAUCAUUUCCCGAAAUCCUGAAGUUGGCCUUGGAUAAAGAUAUUCAUCGAAGCGUGUCAAAGGAGCUCUAUUCUACAUCUGAAAAUUGGCUUCGAAAUAUUAUCAAGGCCCCCCGGAAAAAACAAAUAAAGAAUAUUGCACACACCACAUUCCAAAAUCUUUCUCUCAUAUAUCCCAUAGUAAAAAAUCGUGCAUCUACUUGUGCCGAAUUAAAAAGGAUUGUGAAUGGUAUUUUGACACCUUUGUCUGAAGACUUGAUUUUCAAAAUAGCUCCUUAUGUCGGUGAAUUCGAUCCUGACGUUGUUGAUAUCUAUUUUACAUGGAUAAAGGAAAGGCUUGAUCAAAAUUUACGUGAAGCGGAUGAGCAACUUUUACAGAAAAUAAUGCAAAUUUGUGAUUCUAAAACUAUACUUCAUAUUAAAAAUAGGUUAUGUGAAGAAAUCCUUUGUCACAUAUUCGAUCAGUUGCAGACAAAAGCAAAAAGAAAACUUUAUAUAAAUGAUGAAGAUAAUCUUGAUAAUCUUCAACUUUCCUUACUGCAAGUCUCAAACUUCUGGAAGACUAUUUUUCUUGCGACGGGAAACACUCAAAGGAUUUAUUCACAUCCAUAUGUUGAUGAAUCAAGAGAAAUCGUUAGCACUUUAGCAAUAUCAAUCACAAGUAAUAAAAUUACUCUAGGAUUGAUGCAGGAAAUUAUAAAAUACGUUUCGCAAGAUUAUAAUAUUCUUAUCGAAUUCGUCAAUUCUUCAGUAAAAGACAAAGCAGAACUCCAAAUUACGCAUGAGAUAAUAGAUAAUCUUUCUCAACAAUGCAUUCACUAUACAACAACUUAUCUUCGGCUUGAAAAAUUUUAUAACAGAUUUUGUUCUUUUCAAAAAAUUACUGAUUCGCAGAAAUAUAUUCUCGAUUUACAAAGACGAGGUGCCUUAAUGAACAGUUACACGAUUGAAGAACUAAAUUCUCCGGAACAUUGGACAAUUCAUAUGGAUGCUAUUAUUGCUAUAGAUUCAUUUUUUCAUUUGUCCGAAUCACAUACUUUCUAUAAUAUAUUUGAAGCUACUUUGGAAAAUCGCGAGUUGGAUGUCUAUACAAUUAUAAAAGAAAUUGUUAAGAUUGCAAUUGAGGCCUAUACAGAGGUGUGCCAAGAAUAUAAGAAUUGGGAAAAGAUCAAAUAUUUGGAGGCCAAGCCUUUAUGGAAUAAGGUUGAUGUAAAAAAAGUCGAAGCAGAAGUUUACUUUUUGCUUCCUCAUUGUGAUAGAUUCAAAGAUAUAACUGAAAGACGAAAGCGAGAAGAAGCUAAAAACUUAGUUGUUACGAUUCAAAACCUGGUUCAAGUAGAUGUACAUAUUUCCCGAUUAGAACAGCUAAACACGAUGCUAAAAGAGACUUGGAAAUUUCAACUUGAUCCAAAAUUCUGGUCGAAUAGAAUUUUACAAGACUUGAAGAAUGAGGAUUUGACUCUUGAUAACUUAAAUAAAGUAUCCAAGGAUUUAAAUAAAUGUGUUAAAAAAUAUGAAUUAACUAAAGAAGUUUGUGAGGUUAUUAAGGAAAUUUCUUUUGCCCCAGGAUUUAUUGAUUUCCUUAAAACUGUAAGAGAUGACCUUAAAAAUUUGAUUAAUGGCGUUGAUGACCAUUCGGAUGAAAGAUUGAUGCAAGCGGAUACAGUAUCUGCUUGUAUUCAAGUUAAAUCAAUUUUGGAACCUUUGUUUGAUAAAAAUACGAAGGAAUUUUUCAGUCAUGCCUUUGAAUUGUUCUGGCCCAAAUUCAUAGAAGUUGUCAAGCCAAAUCCCUCCUUAUCUGUCAAAAUUAAUCUCUGUAAUGCAAAUUACCAAGCUCUGAAAAAUAUGUAUGAAAACAUUUCAAGGCGUGGUGAAAUUACCAAACAACGAAUAAAUAAUUGCGUCACCAAAGGGAAAUAUGAUUUUAUGCGCGCAGAAAAUGAAGAACAAAAAUGCAUAGCAAGAUUAUCAUAUUCUAUCAAUACACCCGACAACAAAGUCGCCGAAUACAGUUUUGCAGAUUUGCAAGAUUUACGGGGACGUGCUAUUUUAAUUUCAAAGGCACCUGUAACAUCAAAAGUCUCUGAAGAUGAGGACAAUGGAAGUGAUGAAAUUACAGCAGCUAACAUGAAUGAAUUUGUUAUUCAAGUCGAUCUUUGUCACCAAAUCAUCAAUGUUGCGUCGAAAUUAAUAGAAAGACAUUUUACCUAUCGUAAAUUUUUUGUAACAACCGCUUCUACAAAGGAGAUGACACAUUUACUUGAGCUCUUAACAGCAGACUUACAAAAAUGGGAAGAAAUAGUAGAUGAGGCACAAGAACAAUAUUAUUACUUGACUUUUUAUCCAGCCCGGCAUAUCUUGAAUUUUUAUGAUUAUUUCUUUGAAAAAGAAACAGAUGAAGAAGUUAAUAAUCAAUGCGGAAAACUUUUACGAUUUGUAAAUGAGAAAGCUUUAUUGCCUCCUCCAGAAUUAUUAAAAUUAGAUAUUUCUCUUGAAGUUGCUAAUUUUUUCGAUAUAAUGAGCACGAUUGGAACCAUUUUAUAUGAUAUAUUCUCUAAAACUCCAGUACAAAGAAGAAAAAUUUCAUCAAAAGUUGAACGGAUUACUUCUAAUGUAGUAAAACCAGGCCAACUCUUUGUUGCAUCAUGCAAUGAUGAAUAUCGAGUCCCAAAUAUUAUUAUGAGCUUAUAUGCUAAUUAUGAAUACUACCCUGAACCUUGGCAACUUCUUAUAUGUAAUGCAACAACUACGGCAGAUGAUCUCUUAAUUUUCACUAAACGAUGUUUCUUUGCGGAAAGAAAUAGAUAUGAUAAAUACCUAUUUUGUAUAGCCAACGUGGAGGUUCUAGAUUUUGAACUCCAAUAUCAGUUAGUGAAUAGCAUUCGUUCAUUAUGUCAAAAAGAUAAAAAUUUUCAUUUAGCUUUAAUAUGCUGUCGUAAAGGUGGAGAACAUCAUCAUAUUCUUGAACAAUUUAAUCAAGAUGUGCAUUUUAUCACAACAGGAUUAGAAACUGAAUCCAUGAGCGUAAUUUACGAAGAAUUAGCCCCUAAUGUAACUUGUAUAUCAUCCGAUUUAUCCGGACAAGGAAAAACUGAACUAAUAAAAGAUUAUAGUUUUGAGAAAAAAUUAAUUCCACGAAGUCUGUCAAUUAGUGAUGAUGUUCAGUUUGGUAAACUUGUUCAGAAAUUGUCUGAACUAAAACUCAAAAAAUUUGAAAGUCUACAUCUUAAUAUAGCAUUAAUAAAUUAUCCUUAUGAUGUCAAUAUGUUUCUUUUUGAAUUGUUGAGUUUAGGCAUAGUAUCAAAUGGCACUGAUAUUGCUUUCAUUCCUCAAACUCAGAUCUUUAUAGAGGUAGCUUCAACCAUGAAUCAACAUCUUCUCAAUUCUCUCCCGAUAACAGGAUAUUUAAAGAAAAAACACUUGUCGUGGGAUAUCAAUAAAUUAAUAGUUUCUCAACAAUUUAAUAGUUCAAUUCAAAUUGUUUCAAGAUAUUUAGAUGAAUACGAUAACGAUCUUCUUGACGAGAAUAAUAUAUCUUUGGCAGAGCCAGCAGAACCAGAAGCCAUAGAUACGCUAAUAUCUCAAAAACGUAGUCGCCAAUUGAUUCAUAAAUAUUUCUUUAAUGAGCAACCUAAGGAUGUUGAAUCAUAUCGAUUCCUUGAAAUAUUUCUUGAUGUGCUCGCAGAUCAGUUGGUCCGGAUGUCAAACAGCACCUUUUUCCGAGUUGAAGUUUUGAAAUCAAUGGUUACAGAACAGGGUAUUAGAAGUACUUUAUUAGAUGCUUUACUAGGCAUAUCAAAGGAAUUUGCCACACGAUCAUUCGAUUCUAAGGUCGAACAGAAAAAAAAUCUUUCAGAAGAAGAAAAAGCUAAACUUGGGACCAUUAAACCUUGGGAAGAGUCAAAUCAUUUAUUGGUAGUUUUCUUAUCACAAUCCCCAGAUUCAAUAUGUGCAUUAUAUCGAGAUAAUAAGUUAGUUCCCGAAAAUGUUGAAGGUUUAUUAAAAAGUCAACAUUCCGGCACUAAAAAUUUUUCUUUAGAGGAUUAUGAAAAAAUGUCCCCCGAAGAUAUCUUAAAAAAGUUGGAAAGUCUUGCUAGGACAACGAACAAUAGACGAGUAUAUUAUAAAUAUGCUUUAUCAGUAGAAAAUCUGUUAAAAAUGGCAUUGAUUUUAUUAAGAGCUCGUGCAAAUAUUCCAGUAGUGGUUUGUGGCGAGGCUGGAUGUGGAAAGACAAGUUUGAUUCAAUUUUUGGCUCACGUGAUAGAUGUUGAAUUUGAAGCUCUUAAUUUGCACGCUGGAAUUAGUGAAGUCAAUAUCUUGGAAUUUAUGGAAAAAGGAGAAAAGCUUGCUAAAAAAGGACAAGUUUGGUUAUUUUUUGACGAAAUUAAUACAUGUAAUCAUAUCGGUCUUCUCGGUGAACUUAUCGCUCAUCGAAUUCUAGAUGGAAAACAAAUACACCCAAACAUACGAAUAUUUGCUGCCUGCAAUCCAUAUCGUAUUCGUACUAAAAGCCAGAGCGAAGCUGGUCUGGGUUCUAAAGUUAACAAAAAUCUGAAAAAUCUUGUUUAUCAAGUACAUCCUCUCCCUGAUCAAAUCCUAGAUUAUGUUUGGGAUUAUGGUGUAUUGAGACCAACGGAUGAAAAAAUUUAUAUUGAUAUUAUGGUUAAGAAAUCCUUAAAAGAUAUAAUUAAAGAUCACGGAAGCAAUUUGCUUUCAGCGCUCAUAUUCUGUUCGCAAGAAUUUAUUCGUGACGUAGAAGGAAAACAUAGUGUUAGUUUGCGCGAUGUUAAAAGGGCUCUAAAUUUUGUUAGUUUCUUUAUUACUAGUAUCAAAAAACGAAGAAGUUACAAAUGGCAAUAUUCAUAUGGAUAUGAUCCUAUCGAUGAUUUUGCACGUUCCUUUCUUUUGUCUUUGUAUCUUUGUUAUCAAACAAGAUUGUAUGACCGAAACUUAAGAACGAAGUAUUGUGAAAAUAUUUGCGCAGUUUAUAAUAAAAAGAGAACCGAUAAACUGACGGUCGAACGUUUUAAGAAAAUUAUCCGUGACGAGCAACAAGAUUUUAUGAAUAGAAUGGUUAAACCACCACAGACCGCAGAAAAUGAAGCCUUGUUAGAAAAUGUACUUGUGAUUAUUGUGUGCAUAUUAACUAAAAUUCCUGGUUUUAUAAUAGGAGAACCGGGCGCAUCAAAAUCAUUAGCCAUGCGUUUGGUUUCUCAAAAUCUUCGUGGAGCAGAUUCUAAUGAUUUUUAUUUUAGAGAUUUGCCCCAAGUUUAUGUCAUUCCUUACCAAGGUUCUACAUCAUCUACAUCUGAUGGUAUUGAGAAAGUAUUUAGAAAAGCAGAAGAUUAUCAAAAAACAAAUGCACCAGAUUUUCCUUUAAUUACAGUCGUCUUGCUUGAUGAAGUUGGCUUGGCGGAAACUUCUCCACAUAAUCCGUUAAAGGUCUUACAUUCUCUACUUGAACCCUGCUAUCCAGCUGAAUUUCCCAAUGUAUCUGUUAUUGGAAUAAGUAAUUGGAGAUUAGAUAAUUCCAAGUCAAGUAGAGCUCUCUUAGUACAAAGACCAAAAUUCGAAGAAAAAGACCUCAUCGAUACUGCUGAAAGAUUAAUGAGCAAGAAUAAUCUUUUGAGCAGAAUUUGGAGUUUAAGUUUAACUCCCAAGUUGAAAUCAUUAGCUGAAUCAUUUUUGAAAUAUGAAAAAGUUCAGCCCAUUAAGAAUUUUCAUGGGCUUCGAGAUUAUUAUUCACUUGUUAAAAGUCUCAGCGCUAGUGAUAUGUCUCUAAUUGCUACACAAAUGGCUCUGGCUAGAAAUUUUGGAGGAACAAACCAAAUGGAUCAAUUAUGGGAAAAUCAUUUUAAAGGUGUGAUUACGGCUUUCCAUGGUCGUCAAAUGCAAUACAAAAAAUUCCUAGUCGAAGACCUUAUCAAAGCGAAUCUUGAAGAUAAGGGAUCAAGACAUUUAAUGGUUAUAGGAAAAAGCGAUUCUAUUGUUAAUUUAUUAACAUAUAAGCUUCGACAAUGGAGCCAAGAAUUCGCCGAAAAGCAAAAUGAUUCCAUUGGUUCAUCAAGUUGGGAUAUGGAACCUGUGGUUAUUUACGGUAGUCAAUUUCCUAAUGAUGUUGAAGGAGUUGAUGGGGAUUAUCAAUAUGGUGUUUUGAGCAGAAUAAUGAUGUGUGUAGAAGCUGGUAGACCUUUGAUAUUAACAGAACUAGAUAUUAUAUAUGGGAGUCUUUAUGAUUUAUGGAAUCAAAAUUAUAUUACAGUUGGGAGAGGUGACAAUCAAAAAUUUUAUACCCGUGUCGCUUUAGGUGCUUAUUCAAAUCCUAUGGUUUUAGUACAUGAUAAUUUUAGAUGUAUCUUGGUGCUUGAUGAAAAGAAUGUUAAUUUUGCUGAUCCUCCACUUCUUAAUCGAUUUGAGAAACAAAAAAUGUCAACCAAUGAUACUUUGGAUGAUAGAAUGAGAAAACUUGUUAAUACAUUGGCAGAUUGGUGCAAAGAAAUAUCUUGUUUUGUUGAAAAAGGCAAAACUUCCAAAUCUGAAUUCAAAGAACAUGAUAUGUUCAUAGGAUUUGAUCUUGAAGAAACAUUACAAAGCUUAGUAAUUCAUAACUUUUCAAACUCUGAAACAGAUGAUGAAGAAAAGAUUCUUCUUAAAUGCAAAGAAAUGCUAAUAAACAUUGCAUCAUCAGACGGAAUUAUUAGAUCAAGCAAUUCUAGGUUAUCUGUUGAUCUCGAAGAAGUGAAUAAGUGGAAGAAUAUAUAUUUCCAUGAACAAUUUCAUGAUAAUUUGGCAGCAUAUGUUCAAUCUUUAUUGGAUAAAGAUAUAGAAGAUGAAGGAUUCAAAGUUAUUGUCAACACUUUUUCCAAUAUUAAUAUAGAUGUGGAGUCAUGUCUGGAUGGAAUAUUAACAUGUCAAGUUGAUAAGAUAUCAACUUUUAAAUCUGAAGCUCAACUUACAGCUCGAAUUAAGCAAUUUUUUGAAUCAGAAAAAAAUUUGUUCAUUUUACAGUGUGAUCUAGAGAAUGUUAAACCUGGAUGCGUUAAACUUGCGAAAUUCAUUAUCGAGCAAUUACGAAAAGAAUACAUGAUUUCAAAUGAAUUUUCUGAAGUUUCGAAACCUAUUAAACAUGCUUGUAUAAUCCUUCAUGUGAGACGAGAAAAUAAAGAAACAUCUGGUUCUUUCAACUUCAUGUGUGGAUGGAAUAUCGUGACCGUGGAAAAUUUAGUUCCUCAAGAACGACCAUUGACCUCAUAUUUGGAUAAUAGUUUUGAAAGUAUACUUGAUACUAUAUAUCCCUUUAAAGAAAUUAUGAUUGAAGAAAUAUUUUGGUGUUUACUUUGUAUGCGAUUUCCUUCUACUUCCGAAUCUGUUAAUUAUAUAAAGAUGCUUUCACAGGAAAUUCCUCGGCAUAAUGAAUUUCUAGAAUGCUUAAAAACCAGAUCGUUAGAAUGGAUUCAACAAAAUAUUUCUAAAGAUUGGCUUUUGCAAGUCGCCUCAAACAAAACUAAUUUGUAUUUAUAUUCAUCAUUUUCUACAUCUAUACAAACGUAUAUUCGGACUCAAAUUCGAAAGCCCAUUGCAAAAUUACUCUGUGUCUUGGAAUCUUUAUCAGGAUUGUCUCCAUUAUUCUUUAAUGACGACAUAAAUAAUUUUGGCGAUUUGUAUGAUGAUGAUACUUCAAAUAAUUUAUUUGAACUUUGGAAACAAUUAUUCAUGGAUACAAAGAUUGUUAAUAUGGAUUAUUUACUUGACCCGAAACCGGAUAUAUAUCCAAUGCCUGCUAAAAACCAUAAUCUCCAACUUCCAUUCUCUCCAUAUUUCAUGAAGCAAAUUGAUAAAUUUAAAAAAUUAUAUCAAGAAGACUUAGCGAUCCUUAUAGAAAAUGAAGAUAAUUAUGAUGAAGAGACUGGAGAAUUAAGUCAAGACAUUGUAGAGGAUUGCAUCGAAAGAUUUACAACAAAUAUUUGUAAUGCCGUACCUUCAUUAAAAUUACCUCGAUUCUUCGAAUCUUCAGAAUUUUAUUUCAGAGAUUUCAUUGUAUCUGUAUUACCCGGAUUUGAAAGAAAUGAAAGAGAAUUUGGAUUAUUGAAAUGGAUAAUUUUAUACCAUUUAAAUCAAAAAAUCCCUAAUCCCAUAAGACUUCAUGUGUUCUGGUGGAAAAAUUCUGAAGCUAUACUUGCAGAAUUACAAUUAGCAAUUAUGUGUCCCGAAAUUGUAAAAACCAUCUUGUCUUUAGAAAAUGAAGAAAUUGUUGGAUUUAAGUUCGAAGCUCAUAUAUUAAAGACAGUUGCUGAUACGAUGAUGGAGAGAGUUGGCUCUAUAAAUCUUAGACAAUCAGAAGAACGAGUAGCGAGUCAUGUUCAUGAAUGGCAACUUGAUGCCACCAAUAUUCUAUCGUUAUCUAGUAAAUUAUCAAAAGAUUCUUCCUCGAAUACUUCAAUACAACGAUUGCGCAUUUAUAACGAUUUGUCAAAAUCUCUCGAAUUACAAGAUUUAUUAGAGAUUCGAAAAAUAGAAAUCGAAUCUGAAAGUCCAGAUCUUCUUUCCGAAGAUUUUAUAGAUAACGUAUUUGCGAAAUUAAAUAAUUAUGAAAAAUCUGAAAUUAAUCUAGCUUCACAAAGAUCAUUUAUACACAGAUGUCUCAAUACAUUACCAUCCGAUUCAGAUGUUCGCCUAUUUCUUUAUGCAAAAAUAUUUUCUUCUGAUCCAUUACCAUUAUCCUUCCCUAUUAUUCAUCGUAUACUUAGUGAUGAAUGUGAAGAAAAUGAAAAUGUUUUCUUUGAAUUAAUACAAAAUCCCUUUGAAAUUUUGGAAUUCUCCCGGAACCUAAAAGUAAUUAAUGAUAUUUUGGAAAAACAACCGGAUUCUCCUAUUUCCGCGUUAUGCGUUGAUGUCAUCCAAACACAAUUCCUUAUAAAUUACGAUUUACAAAAAUUAUCUCUAUACUUUAUGGAUGCGACGCAAAUCUUAUUUACGGAUGAAGUUAAAGCUCUACAACUGAUAUCAUCAAUUUCUCUCUUAAAAUCUUUUGGAAAUGCUUUUUGGUCAACUAGAGGACAAGAAAACUUCUUAAUCAACCCAGUUGAGAUUGAUGAGGAUGAAGAAUUGGACAUAAAUCUUCGAAAUAUUAAUCAAAGAAUGGAAUUGCCUAAUCCUUUGAUUCAUUCAUUCUUGAUUUAUUUACUUAAGGCAUUAAAGCUUUCACAAGGGUUUUCACUUGAUGAUAUCAAACGUUUUUGUCAAACAAAUAAAAACUCCAUGCCUUGGCUUAAUGGAUUAGAAUGGACGGAAAAAGAAGGUGGCCGAAUUGAUUUUAAUCCAUAUUGGUAUUUGGAACAUUAUAAUCGUGCAGAACAUGCAGCAGAUAGAAUAUGUCGUGGUGAUGAAACAUUUUCGAAUGAACUUUUAAAAUCUAUUACCAAUGCAAAAGCAAAUGAAAAAGAUUUGGUCGAUCUUCGAGUUUCAUUUUCUGGAAUGAUAAUAACGAGAAUGUAUCAUAUAAGAGCAUCACGGGAAUUAAAUCAAGUUGAAACAAUAUUAGCUCAAAAAAUUUAUGCUUCCUUAGAAAAGGCACAUCUUCCAAAGUUUUACAAAGAGAUUAUGUUUAAAUUUAUAAAUAAUGAUCAUCCGCUUUGCAAACUUUCUGCAGAUGAUAGUAAUACUAGAUUACUUAUUUCUUCAAUAAUCGCUCACGUAGCGGCAUUACAUUCAUCCAUACCAUCAAAGUCAUCCCCAUUAGCAGAUUAUUUACAAAAUUUAGAAGAUUGUCAAAACAAUUUUAUUCUUACUUGUCCUUCUGAUGAAGUAUCAAUUGUUCUAAAUGCAUUAACAGCAGAAGGUAUUGCAGAUAAACGUAGUACAAGAUACAAAUGUCAAUGUGGAUAUAUUUAUAUAGUCGGAAAUUGUGGUAACGUUACGGAAGGGAGAGAAUGUCCAAAUUGUAAAAAUAUGAUUGGUGGUCAGCAAUAUAAUAGACCAGCUGAGGGAAAUGUUCGUUUAGAUGAUCAACCUGUAACUCAAGGAAUUAAUGCUAACAAUCAACCAGGAUAUUUAGUUGAGACUCAAAAAAACGAAAAUCAUUAUAGUAUUCGUUCUAUGUCACCAACAGCUUAUCGAAUUCUCCGUAUAUUUGUUCAUGCAAUUAUUGGUAUAUUACAUCCAUCACCAAUUACUACCAAAUUUGUUAAUAAUACAGGAAAUACAAAUCCAAUUAUGGAUAUAACUCAAUAUUGUCUCCAAAAUAUCAAUAACGACUGGGAAGCAUUGAAAAAUAUUCUUGCAUGUACUGAUGAACAAUUAACAUUAAUGAUUCAUUCAAUACUUUCUCAAAUGGCAAAAAAUCCACUUCAAGGAGUUGCAACAAAAUUAAAAAUUCCUGCUGAACGUGAAGAAUGGGAGAAACAAUUCAGCAUACAAUAUGUAUCUCCUUUAGUCAAAAAUGUUAUGGGAUCUGCUACAGAAUUUCGUAGAUUAUUGGAAACAAAAUCAAAUGCUCAAAUAAAGAUUGAAUCAGAAAUUAAUGAGACAAUAAAUAUUGAUGAUACAUAUUGUAAGAUGCAUUUACCUUGCAUGUGGCGUGUUAUUGGAAUGCCUAGUAUGGAUAAUUUCCGCGCAUAUUACUUGAAUAAUCAUGAACAUGUUAGGGCAUUUCCAUUUUUGGAAGUUUUCUUGAAACAUGAAAAAUUUUUGGAAUUGAUUCAGUUUAUUCUACCGAUAGCGAAAUUCAUACAACUUUUGUCUUCAAGUCUCUCAUAUCGUUUGGAAAGACAAACCGCACGGGAAUUAACAUUUAGACAAUUUAUUAUUAACGAAUCUAAAGCCGAUUAUUCGGGUGAAACACAACGUUCAUGGGAUAGAGCUUUCGCGAGAUUUUCUGAAGCAUGGAAUAGCUUGAUUCCAUAUGUUAAAAGAUACGAAUGUCAUGAAUUACCUAAAGAAUUACCAAAAAUGUCAGAUAAUCUUCCAGUAGUGUUUGGAUUAGUCGAACCACAAGAUGAAUCAAUAUUUUUAUGUGCAGUCCUUUACUUUUUGGCUGAAUUACAAAAUAACUUCUUAAAAGAUGUCAUUGAAAUUCCUCCCGGUCAUUGUCAAUCUAUUAAAUUUUUAGAAUCAGGUUCCAAAAGAAAUAGAGAAUAUAACUUACAAUCAAUUAGAUUAGAAAAUAUUAAAAAUGAACAUAUUAUUGCAUAUGAAAAUAUAGAUGAUAUUUUCCUAUAUAGUCAAUUUGACUUGAGAAUAGGUCAUGGACAAGAAAUUUCAUAUGAUUUAUUCAAGAUUGAAGCGGAACUUGCUCAUUUAUUGGUAUAUGAAAAAGUAUUUAUUGAACCCUUGGAGAAAAAUUUAUAUUUGGAACAGUUUACAUAUCAUAAAGAAAUAUUCCAAGGUUCAAUGACCAUUUUGAACGAAAUUAAAGAAUUGGUGCCACAAGAACAUAUUCCAGAAGAUCGAAAAAUGAUAUUCCUUGGAAAUUCCAAAAAUACUCAAGGUAGCAGUUCAGGUCUUCAUGAUAAUUAUGAACCAUCCGGAAUGGAAAAUCCUAAAGAAUUACUUUCAGCAUUAGAAAUGAUCAUUUGUUUCUUGAAACGAACAUCAGGAGGAGAUGGGGAAAUGUUAAUUACUGAUUAUAUAGAAAAAUGGAUGAAAUUAACAGUUCUUAAAGUUAAUACAAGUUAUAAAUUAUUAACAAGGUCAGGUUUACAAAUCAAGCAUACAGUAGCAUUAUAUGAAUUAGUUGAAGAACACGUUGCGGAUGUAGUUGUAAAUUGUAUUCAUCCUAAAUACCAAGCCAAGAUUAAUAAUAUAAUUGAACAAGAAAUCAAAGAUUUUAUAUAUUUCAAAGAUGAUGAAUUAAAGAAGAGAAAUGAUAUUAAUUGGAAAAUUCCAGCUGAAGCAUUUGCUACAGCAUUAAAAAGAUUUAUCUUGAGACAUUUAACUGGUGGAGAAAGUAUUGUCGAUAUAGCACCUCUUUCUGCUUAUCUUGUUGAUGAGGAAUCACUUGAAUGUUGGCCAGAAAAUGUUUCCAAAAAGAUAAUCGAAUCCAAGUUCCCGAAUUCAUUAUUAGCUUCACAUACCUUCGCUGCUUAUACAUUUAUCAAAAAUGAAUUUGAGACACGUCGAUUGAAGCAACAUCUACAAAAUAUUAAAACCAAACCCACAACAUCAACAGCACCUAAUAAACCUCCUAAACCUAAACAUAAAGUUAAAUCUUCCAAAUUUGACAAGACAUAA